CAAUGAGGUCAGUAUCUGUGUGUUUUUGUGUGGGUUUGUGAAAAAAGCUGACACCGAUACCCACCAGAAUAAAACAUAAAGUAUUCAAAUUUCUCAGUUGGAGGGUUCACAGGAUCAAACAUGUCUGAUACGGAUACCAAGCCUUCAAGUCACGAUUCGGGAGACAAGAAGGAUGGAGAAUAUAUCAAACUCAAAGUCAUCGGGCAGGAUAACAGUGAAAUCCAUUUCAAGGUGAAGAUGACGACACAUUUAAAGAAAUUAAAAGAAUCCUAUUGUCAGAGACAGGGUGUUCCUAUGAAUUCUCUAAGGUUUCUCUUUGAAGGACAGAGAAUUGCUGACAACCAAACUCCAAAAGAGCUGGGGAUGGAAGAUGAGGACGUCAUUGAAGUUUAUCAGGAACAAACAGGAGGACACUUGGACAAUUAGACUUUCAAUAUAUAUAUAUUUUUUUGCUUUUUUUUUUUUGGUUGUUAGUAAUAGGCUGCAAUACCAUGAAACAGAUGAUACUCGUAAGGGCUCCCAUUAGCUUUAAAGGGAGGGGUAGUAACCCCCCCCCCCCCCCCAGCCCCCUUCCCCUCCAUGUCCCUCAACACACAUCAGAAUUAAAAAAAAAACAAAAAAAACAGGAUAUAUUGAACUGGUUAAUGGAACCAAUGCUCUAAUCUGUCCAGUUAGCAUAUAUGCCUUUUGAAACCACAGCCUUUUCAGACAAUGGUUACACAACUCUUGGAACUGUCAUGCCACCCUUUCAGCAGGAGUUCUUCCUUAGCUUGUCAUCUGUAAAGGGUUCUACAGGAUAGCAGUUAGUUGGAUGUAGGUCUAUGCGUCGACCCACCACUGUGUUCAGACCUUGUAUGAACUACUAAUUCUCAGAUGCAUGUUUUAUUAUUGCUUAGUUGAAGCCUUACAAGCUCUGGUAAAGUUUUAGCACCAUUAGUUUAAAUAGCAGCCUCUGUGACUGGCUGCAGUGCUCGUCUCAUUGCUGAGCAUUUAGUCUUCUAUUGGAAAGCUAUAUGUAAUGUUCACAAUUAAUUUACAUAUUAUUUCCAGGCAUUUUUACCUUAUUGGAAUACUCUAAGAUAUUGCACGCAGUACUUACUUAUUUCAUCAGAAUAUUCAUGCACAAAAAAAAUCUCCAAUACAGAAUAAGCAAAGAUUUCAAAAUCCUUUAAUACAGAAUAUAGUGUUAAGAAGCACAGCAAGUGAAAAGGGCUUCCAAAGGCUGUCGGAGAGCUUGAUUAUCCCCAAUAGAGUUCAGCUAAGAAUUACUGUAUAUAAAUAUGUGGUUUUAAACUGAGAAACUUUGGCUUGAAAACAAAUUCAUAAUUAUUUGUUUAACAGUGUGAAGAACUCGAUUAUGAGACUGAAAUGUAGGAUCGCUAGAUUGUCAUAAGGGUUGGUAAAAUGGCGACCAAACCAGAUAUUUGAUUUGUUUGUUGUUGCUUUGGCUUUUGGAUCCUGUGGUGCAGUGGGGUCCAAGUACCCCAAACAGUCUGAACCAUUAACAGAUUUUAAAAAAUGAUAAUGUAGAUCUGUGCUGGCCAUUUUACAGUGAUGGUCCAGUCUAGUCUAAUGCACUCUGGUUUUCGAGGUUGCAUGCAGGAAUUUUAAGAAUAGAAUGGGUUCAAAGUCUGAAACAGAUGCCAGCAGCCCCCCACCGCCCCAAUUUGUUUUUGUUAAAAAUGGUAUUAAUGAAUGCUUUGGAAAGAACAGCCUUGCUCUUUUGUACCAUAAAUAUAACAAGACUUAAGUUUUGUUCAAAAGAAUAAAAGCUAGUAUAUAAUGUAAUAUAGUGCUUCUCUAUCUGCGACAGUCUUCACUUGUAUAGCUCUAUGCUAUUUUUUUUUUUUUUUUUUUUUUAAA